AUAUGUUCACAGUUUGUUACAAAAGGAGCAGAAAGACAACGCUGCAGCUGGAAAACUUUUUUCUGCUUGCAUCAGCAAGGGUCUCAGUUGGGAUCUGGCAGGCUUGUCAAAAUGAAGAGAAGAACCAUUCCACAGAAGAACUUUGCAAGUCUGAAAUCCAGGAGGAACUGAAAAAGGCUAAUAGCCUUCCUAGUUUGACUCCUGGAACCAAAACAGCAGAUAAAGACAAGCAACCCCGAGAAGGUUUUUUUCAUUUCCUUGGAAGCUUAUUUAAUAUUGCAACAAAAUCUUCUUUGGUGGAAUCUAAACCCUCUACCUUCCAAGAUGAACCCAACAGAUGUGAAAAGGAUUUACAGAACACAAAUACCUUUCCAAAGGACGUGCAACCAAAGCAUCCGAAAAUUGAAGAGCCUCUCUGUUCUACAGCCAGGAAAAAAGAAGAUUCUGUAACUAAAGGGGAUGCCACCUUAAACAACAUAGGGAAAGAUAUCUCACAGGAUCUGCAAGGAGGCUGGAAACAAGCUGCAGAUACAGAGAAGCACACGCGACGGAAGGCAGAAGCACCCGCGGUCACCUAUGCAACGUAUCGAGGUUCUGCAAGGAUCAGGCAGCUGCUGAAGAGUCAGUCAGAGGUUACUGGGAAAGGAGAAGAAAAUCCUGAGAAUAGAAAUGUUUCAAUGGUCAAAGAAAAUGGAGAAAUCCAAAGAACUCCGUCUCUGAAAUCAGGAUGCCCAGUAAAAGAAGAUGGAAGAGAUGAGAGUGAAGAUCCCCAAGGUGGUGCAGCAUUAAAUCCUUCUGCCCUUAGAGGGGGAAGCAAACAGUCUGGUAAAGCUCAGCAUGGCUUGGGGAGAAGUAAACAUGAAAUAACUGCAAAGGCCACAACAUCAUCCACUGGACCGUGUCAUGAGCCCGAUGUAAGACACGAACCUGCUUUAGCUGCAGCAAAAGUUAAAAGGACGUUUUCACUUGAUUCAUUGUUGUCAUUUAGCAACAGAAACGGUGAGAUCCCAACCAAUUCCACUUCCCGGGUUACUCCUUCCCUCAAAGUGAGUUCUGCUAAUGACUUGAGUGGAAAAGAAGAUGGAUCGCCAGGAGAAGCAGAAGCUCUCUUUCAGACAAACAAAAAUGCCACUUUUAACUUGGAUAAAGAAAAGGAUUGUAGUAAAGCAGCUAAUAAGGAGUCCCCAAAAGAAAUACAGGAUAAUUGUUUACGUUCAUCCAAGUCAAAAAGUAAGACAUUUAAUGAAGAACUACAGGUGGGUAAGGGAGGACUUUGCCGUAAUCAUCAACUGGAAAAUCACUCGGAGCGGUUGUUGGGUGUCCAGAUGCUUCAUUUCGGUACCAUUACAUUUCAGCAGGAGGCAGAUCAGCAAACUGGUAGUGCAAACAAAGGCAGUGAUCCAAGAAAAAGUGAUACACAGAAAAUUGUGGCAACUGUAGAAAGAGAGCAAAAUCCACGGGACUUUCCUGCUGCUAUGCUUUUACCUUUUAAUGAACAACUACCCGCUUCGCUUAGCGUGGAAUCCAGCGGAGAAAAGUGUGUGGCCACAGGUGAUCUGAGGACUUCAGUGUCAUCUGCUGGGCAUGAUGAAGGCAGAGGCAUGGGCAGGGAGACUUGGAAAGAACCGAGUGACUUAGGGAGACCAGUGCAUGUACAAAAUGGUCACAAGUUAAUCCAUGUGCAGAAUUCCAGGUACACUAUCACACAGCAGCCUGGUUUACCUCAUCUAGAGACUGAGGGUGUGGAAACAAUGAAGGUUUUAUCUGAGGUUGCAGUAGAAAAUGUUGCCAAUGUAUCACCAUGCCUAUGUGGGUGUCAGAGUGUGAAAACUAAUUUGGAUGAGCUGACAGCACCUCUCUCUGUAACUUCCAAGUCUUCUGUUGAAACUGGAGGCUGUUGCUCAGCUUCCCUUCAUCCGACCUGCAGGUUCCAAAAUAAAACUGGGGGGAAAAGAGAAAUCAGCUUAAAAGGUUCCAGAGAGACACUUUCUCAUCCUGAUCUUGAAUAUGAGAAGAGCAAAUCCUUUGAGACUGUGGAUAUGACCCUCUCAAAAAACACUAUUCCUGUUCACAACCUUGGUCCUCUUUCUCUUGAAACUAUUGAAGACAGUCCUACCAAGACACUUACACUCGUGGAGGAUAACACUGCACCUUGCCCUUUAAUCAAUCAUACUCCUGCUAGUUCUAAAACCAAUAAGACUGGUAUGACUGGGGCUGAUCUUAUUACUUCUGAGUGUGAAGACUGCAUCUUGGAAUUUACAUCCCCUAUUUCUAAGUCACGAGAAAAAAAUCUGGCAGUUUCUCGUUCUGCCCUGGGACAUGAAGGAAGACCUCUGACCAACUUCUCUGCUUUCACCUGUGAAAAAGGUGAUGUAGGCAUCACUUCUGAAUCUCCACCUGUUUCUGAAAAGAGGUAUAAUAAUUUUUCUUCCAAGAAGGAAAACAGCAAUAAGCCUAGGAUAUCACCCACAGUACUUGAUUCUUCAUCUGACAGCCAAGGAAAAAUGCUGCCUUCUGCCACUAACUCUGAAAAUGGCCAGAUUGCUGCUUCUCAACGGGACAGCUUUAUUCUUCCAGUUGCAGAGUCUAGGAGAACCAUCCCUGAGGGCAACAGGAAUGAGGGCACACCUUGCUCAGGAGACCCAAGAGCUUUGAGCCCAGCUGGUUCUCUAGAACGUGAGAUUAUUCCACCUAUGCUUGAUAGCUCUGCUGAUGGAGUAAAUGUAGGGGGUGUUUACAUCCCCAGGCCCACUUCAGCUUCUCUGGCGUCCAGAGAGGCCUCCAACCUUUCUGUGUCUGCCUUGAAGAUGUCGGGCAUUGCUCAGGGGAACAGUAACUCCUCCAGCCACAGAGCUCAUGAAGGGGCAGAGGAGGCCUUCCCACCCCAGGCUGACAGCAGUGUGCUGGCAGAGGCAAUGCCACCACCCAGCUGUCCUUUGGAACCUUUGGGAACAGCAUCCGAGCCGGCCCGUGCUGGGACUGUGUGCAGGGGUGCUGGGGGACAGGUGGGCCAUGGUGCCUGUGCACCUGCAGAGUCAGCUGGGCUCUGUUCUGAGGGACACCGCGGAGCUCCCAGUGUCAAGGGACAGGAACAGGCUGCACUCCAAGAUGCUGCUUUGUUUAGGAAAGCUGAAGAGAUUGUGGGUUUGGUUUUACAUUUGGCUACAGAGGAGAUAAUAGCAAAGCAAGCCUUUGGUGUCUGCCAGCCUUGUUAUAGCAAGGAUAGUUUAGUAAACAGGGAUAUUCUAAGUUAUCAGAAAGCUGGAACUGUACAGCUGGAAGCAGGAGAAAUCCAGUCAGCUGUGCAGUCAUUAAAAGAUUUUAAUGAGAGCAGUGGAGGAGGCUCAUCUUCAUUUACAGGAAAUGAAAGAGUGGAUACAAAUAAUCAAGAUGAAAAGACACUCUCUUGCAUCCCUGAUAAAAUUGACCUACAUAAUGCACUAGCAUUAAAAGCAAAAGAAACAGUUGAGGAAGUCAUUAACUCAGCCAUACAAAAACUGGCACCCAGUCAGUGGCAAGGCACUGAGAGUAAAAGGCCUUCUGAAAAAGCUGAGCCUAAACCUGAGGCUGAAAUACCAAAGACUUUAAAUCUGGAUACAAAGUUUCCUGCCAAAACCCAGGAACCAACAGAGAUGAAGGAAACUCGGGGUGUAACUGUAAGCUGUGAAAAGGAAGAUUGCUCAGAUCCUCCUUGGCUUCUAAAUAGUGUGGCAAAUGGCAUAGAUUGGCCCCAAAGAGAUGAAAAGAUACCAAAAAAUGCGAUUACUUGUCAAGCAAAUGGAUUUCCUCCCUCUGGUAGUUUAGCAAGGCCAGAAUCAGAUUUAGAUACACAGCUCAUUGUACCUGAAUUGUCUGUUCCUGGAGAGGACAGUGAAGGGAAACAGUGCUUCAACACAGCCUUUGCCCAGCGUAAUGAGAGUCUGAAGCAGGUGAAAAUGAACGAUCAGGAUGUGGAGAGAAACCAACAGCUUGAAGAAAAUGGUCUGGACUGCAACGAUGACAUGAAGGAACCAACAGAACUUUUGGCCUCUUCUCCACUCAUUGAACAGUGGGAAAACAGUUCUUUCACUAUCAUUUAUGAAGGUGCUCUUCACACUGAGAAUAAAGCCGUCUCAACCGAUGACGUGCAAGCCAGAUCACUUCCUUCUCCUGGUUUGCCCUCAGACAAUACGGACCAUCCGGCGUGUGCAAGAGCCAAGGAUGAGCACGAGUCAGCCUGUCCCUGUGGGCAGGACAACAAGCUGAACGGAGCCAGCGAUGGCCGUGGCCCGGAGUCAUUUCUGAGUGUGGAGGCCAGGCGCUACAGGGUGUAUCCUUUCUCAUUGUCUCCCAUCUACGAAGAUGACAGCUCCCAGGAGGACUUGCUUUCCACGGAUGUGUCCCCAGAAAGCCGUCCUGGUGGAAUAUCCAAAGAUAACUCUGAUCAUGCUUCCGUGCUUUCCCUUCUCCAGUCAGUCUCUGAGCGCUUGCAGUUCACUACUCGGUUCAGUGAGGAAGAGGAGGAGGAGGAGGAGGAUGGAGUGGAGCAGGAAGAAUCAUCAUAUGAGGAAAAUACACUUGAUGCUGAGGGAGAAGAGGACUGUAUUUCCAGUCAGUGGAGAGGGAGUUUAAAAACAACCCUUCAGUCAAACGACCAAAAUAAAUCUUUGCUUCGUGAACUUCCUGAAUCAUUUCUUCUUUCUAAAGAACAGCUUGACUCGCAGGAGCAACCAGAACAGUUUCCAGAUGUGGCUUCUCCCAGUCAAACACCUUGUAAAUCAGCUUCAGAGAAAGAUGGUGCUCCAACACAUCCUCCUACGAGUGUCUACUACCAGUACUUGAAAUCUGCCAGCACUUGCUCUUCUGAGAAGGGGACCAGGUUUGGGAGCGUUCUCCAGGAUAUGCUGCAGCCAAAGAUUCACUGGUCUCAGGACAACACCGUGCCAAAACUGGGAGAAUUGUCAGCGAACCUCAUUGACAGGGCAAGUCUCAAAUACAAUCCAAGACCAGGAAAGAUUGUUAUUUAUGAUACUUAUGGCAACAAAAGUAAACAAGAAGUUCAUUCUGAUGUGCCAGAUACCUCAUCAUGGAACUUUCCCAUUGGAGCAUUACUUAGGAUAAUUAGAGGAUGCUGGAUUUUUUAUGAGAAACCAAAGUUCCAGGGUCGAAAAUAUGUCCUAGAAGAAGGAGAGGCUGUGCUGGACCACCUUUGGGAUCUCCCAGGCGUGAAACAUCAUCGAAGAAACCUCACAGUUGGUUCAAUCAAACAUGUAACAAAGGACUGUGGUGUUCCAGAGGUGGAGUUCUGCCUGGCAGCUGGAAGUGCAGAGGGACUUCCUAUCUGCAUACAAGGUGCAAUUCCCAAUUUAGAAGAGCUGGAUGUUGAGAAAAACCCCUACAUAAGGGUCAAAUCAGGAGUAUGGCUUGCUUACUCAGACUUCAAUUACAAGGGAGAGAUGAUGGUUUUGGAAGAAUCCAAUUUGCCGUCCGAAAUUCCUUCAGCAGAUGUUAAAUCCCUGCGUCCCUUAAAAAUGGGCGGACUAAAGGUACAAAUGCCAAUGAAUGUCAAGAUAAUAAUAUAUGAGAAAACCCACUUUGGAGGAUGGUCCAAAGAGUUUUCAGAAAACAUCACUUCUGUCCCAGCACUGUUUGCUGACCAAGAGGAGUUCCAGGAAGUUGGAUCAAUACGUGUAAUUGGUGGAGUGUGGGUUGCCUAUGACAAGGAGCGCUACAAAGGCCAUCAGUACUUGCUGGAGGAGGGAGAUUAUGAAGACAGACGUUGCUGGGGGGGAACUGACAGUGUCCUCCUGUCUUUCCGGUUCCUGCAGGCUGAUUUCAUAGAGUCAUCAGUGGCACUUUUUCAGUCUGAUGAAGAUGGGAAGGCAUUAGACAUCACCAAUGAAGAGGUCCCUGAUUUGGAGAAGGCUGGAUUUGGCCCGGAGACGAGGUCUAUUCUUGUAAGGAGUGGAGUGUGGGUGGCAUAUAAGCAGAAAUAUUUCUGUGGAGAGCAAUAUGUAUUGGAGAAAGGAAAGUACAAAUGCUUCUUUGACUGGGGAGGAUCCAGUAAAACCAUCAUGUCAAUUCGACCUGUGAAGUUGGAACCACUUGGAAUGAACGAGCCUCCACAUUUGCUCAAAGCUUUCAGUAAUACACAUUUCCAAGGAGCAUGUAUAGAUUUCACAGCAGAAGUUUCUGAUUUUACAUCAUUCAUACCAUGUUCUUUUAAGGUUCUUCGGGGAUGUUGGCUCCUGUGUUACGAAGGGGAAAUCACUGACAAUCACUGUGUGCUGGAAGAAGGGCUCUACGCUGACCUCAGUUCCUGUGGCUGCCCGACUGCUACAAUCAAAUCCCUCAAGCCUAUUCAAUAUGUUUUUGCUGAGCCUUCCAUCAGUCUUUUCACCCUGGAAUGCUGCAAGGGCAGAGAGCUGCACUUCAGCGAACCCGUCAGCUCUGUUCUGAAUGAAGACCUUCAUUUCUGCACUCAGUCUGUGUGGGUGAGGAGCGGACUGUGGAUUGCGUACGAGGGAUGUAAUUUUUUAGGAAGGCAGAUUCUGCUGGAGCCCAGUGAGAUUUCAAACUGGAAUGAACACAGUGGCUGGAAAGUAAUUGGCUCCCUUCGUCCCAUGAAGCAGCCUGCAGUGUACCUGAGGGUGAGGAACCGAGCCCAGGGUCGGUACCUGACUGUGGCUGGGAGCCUGGCAGACGUCAGAGCAACGUCAGUGUGUGCAUCCCCCUACAACGGCAGGAACACCCAGGUCUGGCACUACUGCCGAGGGCUCUUCAAGUCCAGGGCCAACAAUGCCUGUCUGGAUGUCAUUGGUGGCAGAGAUGUGCCUGGGGCCAAAGUUGCCCUCUGGGCAGAGCAUGGGAAGGACAGACAAAAGUGGAGAUUCAAGGAGGACGGAACCAUCAGUUCAUACCUCAGUGAACGACUGGUGCUUGAUAUUAAAGGAGGAAAUUAUUAUGACAAGAACCACAUCAUUAUGAAUCAGCCAGUAGAAGACAGACUUUCACAGAAAUGGGAUAUAGAAGUACUGUGAGUAAAACCCACCCCACAGAUGGACCUUGUGCGGGCUAUUAACAUCUACCUUAGAGGGGGAAAACAAGAACACGGCUACUGAAGUCACACACCACUGGAACCAAAAGCAGCAACUCCUCUCUACUUUCUUUCAUACCAGCUCUUAAAAGAACUGAAUUUUGCACAAAUCUGGAAGAGGGGAGGUUGAUGCAAUGUCUGUCUGCAGGGAAGCUGAUUUUUCAGAGGCUGCUCCUAUGAAAGUCACUAUUACUCUUCAUCUGCAGUAUGAAAGGUAUGAAAGUAUAAAAGACUAGACAUAGGUUUUGCAGUAUAGGAGCUGCAAGAGAUAACAUGUGAAAGGCUCUUCAGAGAUACUGUCUUUAUCUUCCUCAUACUGAUGGAAGCUCCCCAAGGAAUGAAUGUGCUGGUGAGCUUGAAUGAAGGUGAGAUGGACUUUCAUGUCCCAAGUGAAACUGUUUGGGCUCCAAGCAAUCGUGAAGCUCAAAUCUUCCUAAAAUGCAAUUUAUUAUGUUCAUAAAGACGACUUGGAACUGGAAUUCCAGCUCAGCAUGUGAAAUGAGGUGACAGAGAAAGCCUGACUCUCACCCCCUCAAUGUUACUUGUCGGCCUUUGCCUUCUCUCGUUUUCAUAGUACCAAAUUCCCAGAUCCAGGAACUGUUUUUGCUGCCCCGUGGCCUGUUCACUGCCCAUGCAAUUGUGAGUUCUCCCUGAAGAUCACCUUUAACAGGAGCCAUAUGUGCGUGUAUCAAAGCAGGGAUAAAUGGCCCUGGGUCAGGCUGCACUUGUGCAAGGGCUAACGCUGUGUUUAGCACAGCAGCGAUUUCAAACGUAGCUGUAUUUCUGGUUCAGUGUACAUAGCUUAAUUUAAUGCAAUGUCAUUUGGUCUUGAAACCGUGUCUUCCUGCAGAAAACAGCUCACCCUGGCAUGUGUUUGCAAAGGUGCUGGCAGCCUGCAUUCCAGUGCUUGCUUAAUGAGAAAUCCCUCAGAUCACAUCCCUACUUCAUUGAAAAUAUCUUCUUUUUUCAUAUUUGUAUAUUCAGGGUUUGUUUUCUAGGUAUGUAUUCUAGGACUAUUUAAAGAGUUCAGGUUAGCUAAAGACAAGAUAUUUUAGAUUCCAAAAGCUGUAACUAUUGUGCACUCAAACAGGAUCACCCCCAAACAAAUAAAGACAUAACCUUAAGUCUGCCAUAGAUAAAAUAUACAGAUGUCUAUUUUUGUAUGAAAUGGAGUUCUAUAUAGUACUGUUUAAAAAAAAAAUCUACUUGCACUUACUGUUUUACAUUCUAAAAUUAUCAUAAAUCUGCUGUUUGAGUAACAGAUCCUCAAAUAUAUGUAUAUAUUUUUCCAAUUAAAGCAUUUGUAUAGCUUUUUUCCAUGUAAGUCAGUACAUCAAGUGUUCUGCACGUGACUUGCUUUCCAUAUGAAAUUUUAAAAGCCUGUGUAAAAAGUUGUAGUUUUUUUAAUGAACAAUGACUAAAUCAGAUUUGGUGUCUCAGUAUUACAUAACAAAGCGAAGCAGGCUUUUGUACUUAGGAGACCUUGAAUGUAAAACGCUUAAGCAUGUAUAUUUUAACUGUAUAAAACUUUUUAGGAGGAACA